AUGACGGUCGCCAAAAGGACAGAAGAUCAAGCCUGGUAUCGAGGGUAUGGUGAUGAUCAGUAUGUCUACUAUGCUCGUAAGGGGCCCAAGGAGUUUCUCGGCGGCGCAUUCACUGUGGAGACAUACCAGGAUCUAGAGAAGUAUGAAACCACCAUCCCCUUUUUAAAUAAAAAGCUAAUCCGCCUUUUUAAUAGGGCCGCUAAGCUUCCGACCGCUAGUAAAAUCCAGGAGCUAUCUGAUGCUCCUGGUGGCGGCUCUAUGGUGACAUUUACGGACCCCGAAGGAUUCCCAGUCAACUUGAUAUUUGGGCAGGAGGUAGCUGAGAAGGGUGAAUAUCCGGAGAAACUCACUAUCAAUUAUGAAGAUGAGAAACCUCGCAUUCGAAGGUUCCAGCGAUUCCAACCCGGUCCUGCAGCUGUGCACAAGCUCGGGCACUUCGGAGUCUGCACACAAAAAUUUGACGAUUUGGUCGAUUUCUACACCAAAAAUUUCAACAUAGUGCCGACAGACUUCCUCCACGUGGAAAAGGAGGGCCAGAAGAAGAACGUCGCACUUUUCGCUCACAUUGAUCGUGGCAGCGAUUAUGUAGAACACCAUACCUUCUUCAUAAGCACGAAUGCAACAACGCAUGUGCAUCAUUGCUCAUUCGAGGUUCAUGACUUCGACACUCAGAAGCUUGGACACCAGUGGCUUGCCAACAAGAAGUAUAAGUCUGUGUGGGGCAUUGGCAGGCACAUUCUGGGCUCGCAGAUUUUUGAUUACUGGUGGGAUACCACUGGGAAUAUGAUUGAGCAUUAUGCAGACGGUGAUCUGGUUAAUGAUCAGACACCUAUUGGGUAUGGUCCAGCGGGGGAUGAGUCCCUGGCAGUCUGGGGACCUGAAGUCCCAUCUUGGUUCUUGAAAUAG